AUGAACUCAAAAAAAUCACUCCACAUUCGUUCAAAUAGCUUACCCUCAAAGCCACAUCCAAUUGUUGCCCAAGUUGAUGAAGAUUUGUGCAGAUUGAAGUCCCCUGAAGCUACUUCUUCAACUUCUUCUUUAUGCCACAGACUCAGCGGCCUUCAAGAUUUGCAUGAUUCCAUUGAUGAGUUACUUCUUCUACCAUGCACUCAGCAAACUCUUGUCCGUGAGAGUGGUAACAAAUGGGCUGAUGACUUGCUAGAAGGAUCUCUAAGGCUCUUAGAUUUGUGUGAUAUUGCUAAGGAUGUGUUGUUGCAGACACGAGAAUGUACACAUGAACUUGAAUCAGUUUUGCGCAGAAGAAGAAGUGAAACAAAUAUGACGAGUGAUCUUCAGAAUUGCUUGAAUUCUAGGAAAAUGAUAAAAAAGACAGUCCAUAAGGCCUUGAAGGGAAUCAAAAGCAGGAGUUCUCAAAAAACUGAAGAAAGCCCAGCAACCAUUAGCUUGUUAAAGGAAGUAGAAGCAAUCACAUAUAGCACUGUUGAAUCAGUAUUGUCCUUCGUAGCAGGACCAAAGUUGCCAUCAAAGUUAAGUCGAUGGUCUUUGGUCUCCAAGCUGGUAAAAUCCAAAAGAGUUGCCAGCAAAGAUGAAGAUGCAAAUGCAAAUGAGGUAGAAAUAGUGGAUGCCACACUAUAUUCAAUCGCCAGUCACACAACAGAUAAAUCUUUCAACUUGCAGGACUUGCUGAGGAAAUUUGGGUCAAGUAUUCAAGAUCUUGAAGAAGAUCUCGAGAGUCUAUAUAGGCACCUUAUCAAAAAUAGAGUUUCCCUUCUCAACAUCCUAAACAACUAA